GGUAUAUCCCAUUAUCACGAGACUCUUGGAGAGGCUCUUCAGGGCGUGGAACUCGAGUUCUCCGGUCUUAACAUCGACUUCAAAGCAAAUGUGGGACAAACACCUUAUUGCGAGGUUCAGCUGAACGAAGAGAAACUGCAGGAAUUCAUAUAUGCGGUGAAGAACUACUACUGGUAUCAGAUGUAUAUCGACGAUAUGCCCAUUUGGGGGAUCGUCGGCGAAGUGGAUGAGAACGACAACAGCUAUUACUUAUGGACACACAAGAAGCUGGACAUCGGCUACAACGGCAAUCGGAUCGUCGACGUGAACCUCACGAGUGAAGUGAAAGUGAAAUUAGAGCCAAACAAGAAGAUUGCGUUCACUUACGAAGUGAAUUGGAAGAAGUCUGCCAUUGUGUUCGAGAGCCGGUUCGACAAAUACCUCGACCCCUCCUUCUUUCAGCACCGGAUCCACUGGUUCUCGAUCUUCAACUCCUUUAUGAUGGUCUUAUUCCUCGUCGGUCUCGUCUCUAUGAUUCUCAUGAGAACUCUGCGCAAAGACUACCAGCGCUACAGCAAAGACGAGGAGAUGGACGACAUGGAGCGGGAUUUGGGCGAUGAGUACGGCUGGAAGCAAGUGCACGGGGAUGUGUUCCGAUCCCCGGCCAACCCCUUGUUCUUCUCGGUGCUCAUCGGCACCGGCUAUCACGUGGCGUUCGUUACGUUCGCUGUCAUUAUAUUUGCAAUAAUGGGUGAUCUCUACAUUGGCAGAGGUUCGUUGUUGACGACCGCCAUCUUUGUAUACGCGGCCACCUCUCCGAUCAACGGCUACUUUGGCGGCAGUCUCUACGCUCAAACUGGAGGCAGGCUUUGGAUCAAACAGAUGUUUUUGAGCGCCUUCUCGUUGCCGGCGCUCAUAUGCGGCACUGCAUUCCUAAUCAACUUCAUUGCCAUCUACUAUCACGCCUCGCGGGCCAUACCCUUUGGAACAAUGAUGGCGAUUACAAGUAUUUGCCUUUUCGUGAUAUUGCCUUUAACUCUGGUGGGGACAGUGUUGGGCCGCAACCUGGCCGGUCAGCCCAACCAUCCGUGUCGUGUGAACGCCGUUCCGCGACCCAUACCCGAGAAGAAGUGGUUUAUGGAGCCGACGGUCAUUGUGCUGUUGGGAGGGAUACUGCCGUUUGGCUCGAUAUUCAUUGAAAUGUAUUUUAUAUUCACGUCGUUCUGGGCCUAUAAGAUCUAUUACGUCUACGGCUUCAUGCUUCUGGUGUUCCUCAUCCUCACCACUGUCACCGUUUGUGUCACUAUCGUCUGUACAUAUUUUCUACUCAACGCUGAAGACUAUCGAUGGCAGUGGACAAGCUUUCUGUCGGGCGCGUCGACCGCCGGAUACGUAUAUCUCUAUUCUUUUUACUACUACUUCUUUAAGACGAAAAUGUAUGGACUCUUCCAAACUGUCUUUUACUUCGGAUAUAUGGCUCUAUUCAGUGCCGCGUUAGGGCUAAUGUGUGGAACGUUUGGAUACAUCGGCACCAAAGCGUUCGUCCGGAAGAUCUAUUCAACGGUUAAAAUAGAUUAAAACAAUUGACUAAACAAUUAAUUUUUAACAGAAUGCCAUCAAAUGAAGCGAUGCCGCCAUUGAUUACUAGUUAUCCAUGUUUUUUCAUGGCUUAAACAGUAAUGAGAAUUUGUGUAAACCUGUAAAACCUUUUUGUUUAACGCAUCGACUGUUGUAUCGCUAAGAAAUUUAAAUCCGAU